AUGGCGUUGCGCGCCGCUUCUUCAAACGCGCGUUUUCUCCUCAACACUCACUCCCAGUCCCACUACAGAAAACAAAUUGCCCUCGCCACCCUCUUCCAGAAGCACGGUUUCCCCUCCUCCCUCGUCCCCUCCCUCCUCUCCCGCAACCCCUCCCUCCUCCGCACCCCCCUCCCCGACCUCCGACACUCCCUCUCCACCCUCCUCUUCUCCCUCCGCCUCCCCCAAAACGCCGUCGUCUCGCUCCUCACCUCCUCCCCUUCCCUCCUCCUCGACCCCACCUUCCUCAAAACCUUCCAAUCACACUUCCCUGAAAUCCAAUCCCGCUUCCCCAAAAUCUCCCCGUCAACCCUAGUCAACCUUCUUCUCUGCUCCCGUAAGUUCGAUCUAAACCCCCUCGACCUCCCCCGCAAACUCGACCUCCUCAAAACCCGCUUCGCGUUCUCCGCCGCCACCGUGGCGAAGGUCCUGGAAGGGUUUCCCGACGUUCUUAUAACAAGCGAGACUGAGAUUACUAAUGUAGUUGAUUUUCUAGUGGAAUUCGGAAUCCCCGGGGAUGAAAUUGAUCUUGUUGUUGGAUUGUUUCCUAGGGUUUUGGGAAUUGGAGUUGAGGACAGGCUGAGGCCGUUGGUUCGCGAAAUUAAGGAGUUAGGGUUUACAAACCGCGAGCUGAGGAGAGAAAUCUCGAGGGAUCCGAGGAUUCUGGGGAUGGAAAUUGGUGAAUUCUCGCGGUGUCUGAGGCUGUUGGAGAGUCUAAAAUGCAGGGAAGCGAUCCAAGAUAGGAUCAUGGGUUCGGGUAUGGUGAGGGCGUGUUUUGAGGUGAAACUACGGGUGGAUUGCUUGUGUGGUUACGGUUUGACGCGAAACGAUGCUUUGAAGGUGUUAUGGAAGGAGCCGAGGGUGAUUUGUUAUGAGGUUGGGGAUAUUGAGAAGAAGGUUGAGUUUUUGGUGCAGAGGAUGAAGUGUGGUGUGGAGUGUGUGGUUGAUGUGCCUAAGUACUUGGGUGUGAGCUUUGAGAAGCAUAUUGUGCCGAGGUACAGUGUGGUGGAGUGCUUGAGAGGGAAGGGUGCAAUCGGGUUUGAGGUUGGGUUGAAAGAUUUGGUCAUGCCUUCUAGGCUUAGGUUUUAUAAUCUCUAUGUGAAGCCAUACCCGGAGUGUGAGAAGAUAUAUGGGAGGUUGAAGGGGUGUGGUGGUGAAGGUAAGAGGAAGCAUCCGGUGGGGCUGUGGAAGCUGUUUAAACCAGAGAAGUUUCCUGAGAGUGGCGAGGAUGUGAAGAAUAUGAGGUCCUUCAUGGAGUCACUGGUUUAG